ACCGUCGCCGCCGCCUCACAAUAUAUCCGGCUUCCAAGCAAGAAACCUUGAAAUCUUCUGAAAAUCCUCGUGAUCUUCUGAAAAGUCUUCAAGAGUGAAGGAGCUGCAUUCGAAAGUAUUUAUUGUAUAUAUCUAAUGCCAAGGAACGUAUCCAAAGAAGUUUAAAUCGUGUACCUACUUCUCAAAGAUAUCUGCUUGGUUCCCCGAGGUGUCUGAAGUCAACACUCUUACUUGUAUUUGCUAUCUCAAGACCUCUGAAGAGAGUGGCCGCUACACCAAGCCGUCUGAAGUAAGCACUUUCUGUCUCGACAUGUUUGAAGUGAGUGCUUGGUGCCUCAAAAGUCCAAGGUGAGCUUCUGAAACCUCAAGACUUUGAUGUAAACACCAAUUGCCCCUAUGAAGUGAGUACUUUGUACUAAAAACCGUUUGAAGCAAGAACCUGUUGCCGAAACAUAUAUGCUGUUGAACGUAUGGUACUUCAAGGUGUUUAAGUGAGGGUUUGUCUUUCAAAAAAAUGCAUUACAUUAGCACUUGGUGUCCGCAGGUGCCUACAGUGUGAGUGCCAGGUGUCUCAAGGAGUUUCAAAUGAUUGCGUAGAGUUCCAAAAAGGCUUAAAGUGCGCAAGUGCUUGCUAUUAAUAAGACGCCAGAAGUGAACAACCAUUGCACUAAGAAACAAGCAGUGUACCAUAGUUUGUUAACUGACUGCAAUGUAUCUUGGCCUAUGACUUUUUGUCCCAUGUCUUUGAUGGUUCCAUGUCGUUCACCAUGACAUCAACAUUUAAGAGAUAUUGACGUAUUCACUAACAUGAAAAUUGCUUCAUGACCCGGAAAAAACUGUAAUUAUAAAUUUAAAUAAAUACAUUUACUAAUCAAGUCCUGAGAAAAGGCAUAAACAUUUACAUAAACUGGUGCCUUAAGGGUGCAAAAUAGGUCCCAGUUUUCGUUCUAAAAUAUCACAAUUGUUAUCCUCACAUUACUGAAAGAGCAAAGUACAUCAACCCUUGGACAUGUAUCCCAAGUUUGUCUCUCGUUGCUAUAUAUUUUUGCUUGUGUUUAGCGUGUAUCUGAUUUCUUUUAUAAAUUAUCCCUGGUUAUAUACGACAAUUCCACGUACAACGCCCCUUGAAGCUCCUGAUAAGACCGAUGUCGCAAGAAAACUUACUGAAGGCCGGAAAACGAUACUCUUCUGGAAUUUAUGGUUUGGGAGCCCCUGGAAUGAAAGCUUUGGACCAACUGACGCUGAAGGGUUGAAGCUGGAAGGUUGCCCGAAUUGGAAGUGCGACUUCACUUACGACCGUAGCUAUUCCAACAUCGCCGACGCUAUUAUGUUCCCUGCCGGAUUGUUCAACAUGAAAGAUAUUCCCAAAGGGCCUAGACCACACUUCCAGCGUUGGGUGUGGUUGGAAGUCGAGGCUCCAACAGAACCUGGUGGAUUGAAGACCGCCAAGACUCUCAGGAACCACAAGAUGAGCCACCUCGUUAAUUGGACCAUGACCUAUCACUCGGAAUCAGACAUCGUCGCCUUCUAUGGCCACUUUCUCUCACUUGGAGCCACCGUCAGGCCACUUCGACCCAACCUCAUGUCCGACCACAGCGAGGCUAUGAGGCGGUACAUGGCGGCGAUGGAGCGAGGUGACACUCUGGAGACGGUGAUGGGUCCGUCCUGGAGAAGCUUCGUCAAGCGUCCCAAGGUGGUGGCGUGGAUGUCCAGCCACUGUCCCACCAACUCCAAAAGAGAGGAGUACAUUGCUGAGCUUUCCAAAUACAUCACAGUAGACAAGUAUGGGAGUUGUGGAGAUAUUCCAUGCUUUCGCAGAGAACCGCGAAGCGGUUUAUGUUGGAAGACCGUGUUAAGUGGCAACUACUCAUUUUUCAUGUCUAUGGAGAACAACUUAUGUGUAGACUAUAUCACCGAGAAACUCUACAACCCGCUGGAAAACAACAUCGUCCCUGUCGUCUGGGGAGGUAGUGACUAUGAUCAGUUCCUUCCUCCACACUCUUACAUCAAUGCUCGGCACUAUCACCCGCAGGAACUGGCCCGCCUCCUAACGCGGCUACACGAAGACCCCGUCGCCUAUGGCAGGUACCACAUGUGGCGCGGCUACCUGCAGGUGUUGAACCGACGAAGCUUGUGUGAGCUGUGUUCCCGCCUGCACACCGACACAACUUACAGCCACCACAAAGACAUAUCUAACUGGAGGAUGAGUAGCGGCCAGUGCCAGUUGGCUCCCAGCAACAUGUUCAACAGCAAUCAUGGCAAGAACUCCUGGAGGACAGUCAUCUCUACGAAAUACGACAAUCAUUUCAAUGCUAGUGUUGUCCCGUGAUUCUCCUAGAUACAGAGAACGUAACUCUUAAAAUAUCCGUAUUUAUGUAAAAUUAAUCCACGUACAUAUUAAGUUGAAAUAUAUCACUCGUGGUCUGAGGAAUUAGACCUUUUGGUCUCCUUCCUCAGACCAAACCUAAUUACUCCCCAAUCCCCCCUUCCCUAUCCCAUCCUCCACAUUCCCCCCUUUUCCCUUUCCUCUCCCCUCCCAACCCUCCCUUUUCCCUGUCCUGUUUGUAGCCUCUGGGGUCCUCCCCUCUAGCAUUACGGUUUCUAGGUAGGAGGAAAAUGUGCCGGGGUUCAUCCCACUCCGUGGGGUUUCUCGGGAAUAGUGUAGUUUGCGUGGAAUCUGGAUCAUCUGGAGGUGCCCUGCUUCCUUCCUGGAUUUCCAAGAGGUAGGGCAGGGUAUCUUGCUGGUGAUGGGUGUAUCUCCAGAGGUUGGCUGUUGGUUCCGGGAGGUGGCAGCCGAGGGAGGUAUGCUUUGUUUCGGGUGUCUAACCGCCCUCUCUUUUGUCAGCCGAGGUGGCUUAGUGGCUGUGAGGUUGCUGUCCCGGAGCACUGGUUUGCUGGUGUGAAGGGUAGGGUAUGGCACGGGUUCCACGCUGCAUCUGCAUUGCUGGCGGUUUCGAGAUCUUCUUGGAUGAAGGGGCUGUAUAAUCCUACGGGAUUAGCGCUCCCCUAUGAUUAUUAUAAUUAUAAUUGGAUAAAAGGAGGAACUUAUGGCCUUUCCAUGCCUUCUAGUAACUGUCCCUCCACUGUCCCUUUCUUUUUUUUUUCUUUCCUUCUUUCUUUUCUUUUGUAAAAUAAUUAAGAAGUGCCACCAUCAUGGAGUCUUCGUUCCAUGAUCCCCCGUCCACCUGCCAGGCCCCUUUUUGUUACCGCAUUCUCUUCUGACCCGGCUUUGUUGGACCAUUCUCCAGACUUUUCCCAUACACCUGCACCUUCUGCUGGUGUUACUUCAAUACCUGCUCCAAGUGCUGAGGCUCGACCCAUUUCUUCUAGUGCCUUUGCCUCUUGCACACGUUUAACUAUGCGUCUGGCUUCCCCGAAUAUAGUACGAAGUUUUUUGAAUUGCUCACCGUCACAGGUCGGGCCGCCAGUGGUCCUAUGCCUAAAUGCUCCAGACCAUUUGCUAACGAUGGUUCUUCAAUUUCUGCUCACUCCACCCUGAAACGACCUACACGACACCCAUUUGCGUACCAUGUUUACAAGUACACAGUGGACCACAUUCUUUUCCUUACAGACGACAUCUCCAACUGAUUAUCUUUCAGACCAUAGUAUUGGUAAAGCUCUUUUAUGACAUGCUGGCCAAAAUAUAUCCUUUCACGCUUUUUUGGAGCAGUGCGCACAUUUUUACAGUUCAGAAUGCAGAACAAGCUCAUAAUCUUUCCCAUCUUACUUUCAUUGAUAACAUUCCUAUCACAGUUUACAAGCAUGCUACUCUCAAUUCUUGCAGUGGUACUGUGGUUUUACCAGUACCAUUGUACAGUGUGAUUUUUUGUCUUGGGGUGACGAUAUUUUGGAGGAAUUAGCCCUUCAGGACCUUCCAUUUCUCAAAGUGGAUAAAUAUGUCCUGCCCGCUCAUGGGCAGAGGCGCUUUCCCAGUAACAUCACCCGCUUAACCUUCGACUGCCAUGAACUCCCGUCCUCCAUUUAUAUCACUGACCAUCGCCUAGGGGUCCGUAAAGUGGUCCCUACACCCCGACAGGGUCGAAGUUGCUGGCACUUCGGACAUCCCACUAAAUACUGCAGGUCUGCGGAGUGCCUGGUCUGCACUCAUCCUUUUUCCCACCGAUAUCAGGUCUAUCUUAAUGAACGAGAAGUCUGUUGUCUUAAGGAGAGCAAAGGCCAUACUUAUGCUAAGGCUGUCUCUCGGCUCUGCCUUCAAGGGGAAUCUUUCUCAUGUUCCUUAUUCUUGAGCAACUAGGAGGCCUGCAACCUUGACAGUUCCCCCGCCUUCCAGCUUCUAUGGUGUCAUGUCUUCCGGGGUCAUCGCUGUCUCUAAUUCUUUUUUGGUUUUACCCUCUGAAAACCCCACUUCCUUACCUCUUCCUGCUUCUACUACUACUUCAACUCGCCCGCUAGCGUCUCAGUCUGCGAGGCCUCGCACGCCUGCACCUUCUUUGCGCCUGUCACCUGUACAGCUGAACCUGUCUCCUAAGCCCAAGUCUCUUUGAAUUCCUCCAGUACUUACAAUUACCCAACAGUUCUCCUUUUCGACCCCGGUACCUAGUUCUCACCCCCUUUCCAACUCUCACACAAAGGUGGAGGUUUACCUCCCCUCGUGUGGUCCCCUCUUCUGUUUCCCCACCAGACUUCUUCCCCAGUCCCCUUCCAGCCUCUUUCCUCUCCUGUUCCACCGCAGGAUUCUUCUGUCCCUGCUGGCACAUCAAUCCAGGUUCAUACUCCCUUCCCUUCUCAGACCUCUUUGGUUCCCUUCAUAGUCUCCCUAAUAUCUACUUGCUCUACCUCACCUGUUUCUGAAGUCAUGGUAUCGGCAUCUUCCUUGUCCGCUGAAACACUUGAUGCUAUCUCCAACUAUAUUGCGGAGACGAAACCUUCGAUGGACACCAGUGCUCCCCUUCUUAUUUUUCACAACCUUCACAGCAAUCUUUUCCUUCACAGCAUUCUGAUUCCGCCUUGCAUACACGUUUUCCGUUGCCUCCACACAAUGAAUUCACUGACCCUACUAUCCUGUAGAUUUUAUCACUUCUCAUUGUUAGUAUACCUGUCUAUGUGAAUAAUGACUUAUUUACAAUGGAAUAUUCGCGGCCUCAGAGGUAAUCGGGGAGAGCUCCAGGUGUUGAUCUCCCAGUUUUCCCCAGUAUGUGUCGGGUUACAAGAGCCUAAAGUUCGUUCAGCAGUUAUCCAUCCCGUUUCGAGCUAUGUGCUGUUGCACUCUUCUGACCCCUUCCCUAAUGAAACUUUUAAUGAGAGUGUGCUUCUUGUGUGCGUUGGUAUACCGUUUCAACAGGUCUUUGUUCAUUCUCAGCUGCAUUAUACUGCAGCCCGUAUUUAUUUGCACAGGUGGUAUAUAAUUUGCUCUCUAUAUCUCUCCCCUUCCCAUGCAUUCAGUAUCUUGGAUGCUGCAUUCUUGCAAGAGCAGUCACUCGCCGCGUCAUACGUGAUGCUAAACGCAGUUGUUGGCAGGACUACGUUUCUAUUGUUACAUUGACUUCCCUUAUGUGUGCGGUUUGGAAGAAGGUAUGGAAGUUGUCUGGCAAAUACGCUCUGGACACAGGUCUCGUUUUGCAGGUUGCUGGUGUUGUUAGUGUAGUGGAACCUCUUGAAGUUGCCAUGGAAAUCGGGAGCUAUCUUGUCUAUCUCCCAAGGGCUUCACCUCUGUCCUUCAUUUCUUGCUUCUAAGUCUGCCAGGGAGCAAUCUCACUUGGAUUCACACGUCCCGCUUGCCGGUCAUCAGGAGCUGGGCUCGAUAAUGGUCAUAUUCGUAUGCUACAGCACUGCAUUCUACAGCCCUUACAAUCCUUUAGCGUCUUUUUAAUCUUCUCUGGAUGUGAGGGGUUCUCCCUCAGCAAUGGAAAUCUGCCAUUGUACUACCGUUUUGCAAACCAGGCACUUCGGGGCUUGAUACCUCUCACUAUCGUCCCAUUGCUCUGACCAGUGUAGUCUGCAAGGUGAUGGAAUGAUUGAUGAAUAGACAGCUGAUAUGGUAUUUAGAGACUCACAAUAGUCUUUCUCCUCGCCAAUGCGGCUUUCACAAGGGCCACUCUACUUAGAUACAUAUGUGCGAAAUACCUUUGCUAAUAAACACUCCGUCCUAGCAGUCUUUUUUGAUCUCGGGAAGGCAUAUGACACCACCUGGAGGUAUAACAUCUCAGCCCAGGCCCACUCCUUAGGCCUCUGUGGUAAUAUACCGCCCUUCCUAGCUGCUUUCUUAUCUGAAAGACAUUUAACUGUCCGUCUUGGCGCCUCACUUUCCUCAGACUUUGUUCAGGCCUAGGGGGUCCACAAGGUUAUGUCCUUAGCACCACCCUUUUUCUCUAGGCUAUAAACGACCUACUUUCCGUCGUCGUCACUUUAUAUGGAUGACUCUGAUAUAGCUUAGCAGGCGCUGACUGUCGCCUGGUAGCAGCCUCCCUUCAGGAUGCAAUUAACCCUGUUUCCCAUUGGACCACUUCUUGUGGAUUUAAAUUUUCUAGUGCGAAAACCCAUUUCAUUACCUUCACUAGACGUCCUCUUGUCCCAGAUAUUUCAUUGUAUUUAAAUGGCUCACGUAUCGCACGUAUCGAUGGCCAGUUGACAAGGAAAUCUCACUUAUCCUUUUUGAAGGAAGCUUGAGCAUCGUUCAUGGGGAGCAGAUCGCCAAACUUUCCUCCAUUUGCAUUCCACCCUAGUCUUGUCCAAGCUGGAUUAUGGUGACCAAAUCUAUUCUGCGGCUUUUCCUACAACUUUUUUUAAGUUAGAUCCCCUUCAUCAUCAGGAUCUACGUUUAUGCCUUGGUGCCUUCCGUUCAUCCCCUGUUGAAAGCCUCUAUGUUGAGGCGAAUGUUCCCUCCUUAUCUGAUCGUCGUGACGUUCAAUACCUCCGUUACUUUGUCGCUCUCAUGACCUUCGUGUUCUUUCUACUUAUAGAUUAGUCUCAGACGUUAGUAGAAGCCCGUUAUUCAUUCGGCACCCCUGCUUACUCCAAUCUUUUUCUCUUCGUAUUCACUCACUCUGGCCUUCUCUCCAGUUGCCUCCCUUGUAUGUUCACAUAGCAUCUGCCUUUUCCCUUUCCCCUUAGGAGGUUCCAACGGUUUGUCUGUUCUCAACUACUGCCAUACGCCAAAGCUCUCCUACCUACGGCUCCUUCUCGGUCUCUUUUUCAUGAUCACUUCCCGUCGCAUAUGCAUGCCGUCGCUCUUUCUAGAGAUGGUACUAAAUCUUCUGACUGUGUUGGGUUCAUGGUGGUGUGCCCUGACAAUGUUGUCCAAGGUCAUUUGUUAGAUUAGUAUUUUUAUCGCCGAGUUGUUUGCCAUCCUCAUAGCACUUCUCCAUAUUACAUUGUCUCCUUUGGUGUUUGUGAUUAUUUCAGAUUCUAUCAGCACUUUUCAGGCCAUUAAACAAUUUGAUUCCCCUCAUCCAUUGGUCUUUCAUAUUCAAGUUUGGUUGCGCCGUGUGGCUAGCAAAAACAAUGACGUCAUUUUCUUUUAGGUCCCUGGACACAUUGAUGUAUAGGGCAAUGAACAGGUGGAUGCUGCUGCACGGUCAGCAGCACGUGAUUUUCCAGUAGCUACAGAGGCAUUCCAUUCAGAGGUUAUUUUACAGUCAUCUCUGCCGUCUUCAUUGCCUUUGGCAACAGCGGUGGUCGGACAUGCACCAAAACAAAUUACACUCUAUUAAACCACUUAGGUUUGUGACCAUCUUACCACUGUUGCUGCACUCGGGAGACUUCACUCUCCUGUCUCCGCAUCGGCCAUACUCGCCUUAUCCAUGGGUAUCUCAUGGAACGACAUCCUAUUCCUCUUUGUGAGGUUUGUCAGGUCCCUAUUUCGGUUCUUCACUUUCUUGUGGAUUGUCUGGUUUACCAGUGAACUCGCAGGAUUUACCUCCAUCGACGCCGCUGCCCUACUGCUCUUACCUUAUCUUCCCUUCUUGCAGACGGCCUUGUCUUUGACUUACGAUUAUUUUUUGACUUUUUGUCAGCAACUGCUUUACUGUACGAACUUUGAUAAAUAGCCCUUAGCAUCCCUUCCAGCCCUUUUCUCCCCCUCACCUCUGAUCCCCUCUCCACCUAGCUGUUUAUAGCCUUGGCACUAUUAUCUACCCCACAGCACUGCAUGACCCUUGUCGGUUUAACACUUUAUUUGAUUAUAAUACUGUGGUCGUUAAGUGAUUUGCUGUUCGUCUGGUGUUAUGAUAGCCUGUAUUAAGAACAUAAAGAAAGAACACUGUAACAGGCCAACUGGCCCAUGCGAGGUAGGUCCAGUUCUCCUCCCAACUUAAACCAAUGACCCACCUAGUCAGGGCAGAUCACAUCCACUUAAUGAGGGAGCACAGUAUCAGACCUAUUAACUCAAGCUAGUCAGGUCCAACUCACACCCACCCACACCCACUUAUGUAUUUAUCCAACCUAUUUUUAAAACCACACAACGUCUCAGCUUCUAUGAUGGUACUUGUGAUGUAGUCCACUAUGCUUGUGUCUCUGAAGGGAGAUCUAACUUAACCAAUUAUAUGUUCACACCUUGCCUUGGCAAAUAGCUGUCAGACACGCCUUUCAGCUUGAGUGGGUCUUAGCUGUGAUGCCUGCCCUGUCUCGAUUUUCAGAUAUUGAAGUGUGCACGUGAAGUGUGUUGAAAAUGCAACCUAGGUGAUCAUGAAGUGGUCCAGUUGCAGUUACUUGAAAGAAUGCAGCCCAUUGGAGCAGUUUUCCACGCCAAUGAAGCCUAGAUAUGUUUGGCCCAAUGGUUAACUUGCGAGGGUAACUAGUACCGGCUAGUGCAUUUUCAGUAGAAGUAGGGAAGGCACUGGAGCCAGAUAUUUAGUUUUAAGGAGAAAUGAUGGGUAAAGAGGCUUUGCACCAGAGAGCAACCGUUAUGCUAGUCAACUGCCAGGUGUACUGAUUAUGCUGCCUUGUGGCAGUUAAGAAGGUUGAGGGAAAUAUAUGUAGUUGAAUAAUUUUUGUAUUAUGUUAUGUGUAAUUUUGUCUUUGUAUUGUAAUAGGAUUAAGGGCUUAAGAUUAAAAUAGUCUGAUAACUUAGGACAAAUUGCCCUAGCUCUCAGAUAUUUUAAAUUGGGGGAGAAAGGGGGAGGUGAUGUAGUCCACUAUGCUUGUCUCUCUGAAGGGAGACCUAAUUUAACCAAUUAUAUGGUCACACCUUGCCUUGGCAAAUAGCUGUCAGAUACACCUUUCAGCUUAAGUCUCAGAUCUUUUGUUCUUGACGGCGUCAGGUCAAAACACGUGGUGGACACCCCAUUGUGGGGUGAUUUGAGGACAAUAUAAGCCCAAGGAACAGCAUGAUCAAGGAGUCUAGCGGAGCUCUGGCCUGUGUGCAGAUCUGAGCUAGAGAGUCUCUGGAGGAGACUCUGUUCGAGACAUUGGGCAGAGUACUGGCUUGGAGCAGUACUCAUGCUGUGUAGGUCUUGGGACCUGUGGCUAGUGUGUGACUUAGUUCCUGUGGUGAACUGUCCUCUGAACUAAUUAUAAGUUAUAUUCUGUUUCGUCAGUUGAUUGUAUUCCCUGUCUCACUGCUUAUAUGUACUAUCUCCAUUUAUCUAAACCCCAAUAAUGUUCUGUUCCCAAAUAUAUUAUUGUGCAAGGACUUAAUAAUAAACUGUGAGUGGAA